CACAAUACAAGAAGAAGAUCAAUCCAAGCACGAAUUAAUAGAUCGAGAUAUCUUUAAUCGACGUACCAUUGCAUAAACAUCCGUCAUGGCGAUCAUAGAAAUGCGAGUACAUAUAGAUUGUCCAGGAUGUGAGAACAAGAUCCGAAAAGCUCUUCAAAGACUCAAAGGAGUGGAGAACGUAGAAAUAGACACGGGGUUACAAAAGGUAACGGUCACAGGAAUCGCGGACCAGAAGAAGGUGUUGAAGACGGUAAGGAAGACAAGCCGGCAAGCUGAAAUAUGGAACGUACCCUAUAAUCCAGAAAUCCGAAGCCAUAACUACAAUGUUAAUCAAUAUGCACCACAACAACAACAAAAUGGUGGUUCCGUCCCAGGCCCAUCUGGGACGUUUUACACCCGCCAGCCAGCUUCAGCGUCAUCAUACAACUACUACAAGCAUGGUUACGAUAAUCAACAGGGCUAUAACCCGGUACAAUCAUCUGGAUUAAUUGGACACCAAACUGGUGCUGCCUUUAGCGAUGACAAUACCAAUGCUGCCUGUAACAUCAUGUAGCUUAGUUAUAAUUAACAAGCUUAAUUUAUUAAGUUCUAACAUACUU